GAGAGAGAGGGUCACCAUUAAACAGUGAGAGAGAGAGGGUUCACCAUCAAACUGUGCAUGUCUUCUACUAUAUACUCCCCCAAAAACCCUAAAGAUCAGAUGAGAGAGGAGAAAUAUAAUUCUUUCCCAAAACAUUCCAAUCCAUACAUAUCAAGCGUUUACUAGCUAGUUGACCCCAAAACACCCCCCCUUACACAUUAUACACAUGCACCACCACCCCACCACCACUACAAGAGAGAGAAUAAUCUCUACCAGUCGAUCAGAAAAGUACUACUAGUGUACAGUUUGAACGCCAAAGAAAGAAAAGAAACUAUGGAAGGAGAGAGAGGAUCAGCGUUGCCGAACUACGACAUAGCUGUAUCGUUCGCGGCGGCUCCGCACACAAUCCAGGAAUUGGGAUUUGUUCAUUUCGAUGAUCAGAAUCAGGUCAUGGGCUUCUUGUCCGCUCCACAGCAAACAAGUUGCCAGAUGUCUCAGCCGCUUAGCGGCGGCGGCGGAACCACCACCAACACCAACCACCACCAUAGCAGAAACGGCGGCGGUAGCGAUUCCGCCGUGGGGUUUGUUGGCCAUACCGAACUCAAUAGCAGACCCGCCGCUUGGAAUAACGAUCAGGUGGGACAAAUAGAUCCAAAGACCGUUAAUGAUGAGAAUUGCAGCGGUAAUGCAAAUGAUGCCAGCACUUCAUGGUGGAGGAGCUCAUCAUCCUCAGGGUGUGGAGAGAAGGGAAAGGUAAAAGUGAGGAGAAAACUAAGGGAGCCAAGGUUUUGUUUCCAAACAAGAAGUGAAGUGGAUGUGCUUGAUGAUGGCUACAAAUGGAGGAAAUAUGGCCAGAAAGUUGUCAAGAAUAGCCUUCAUCCUAGGAGCUAUUAUCGGUGUACGCAUAGUAAUUGUCGAGUGAAGAAGAGAGUCGAACGAUUAUCAGAAGAUUGUCGAAUGGUGAUAACAACAUAUGAAGGCAGGCACAACCACACCCCAAGCGAAGACUCGAAUUCUUCGGAACACGAAUGCUUUUCAUCGUUCUAGCUAGUAGCUAGGGUAAUGAUCGGUAAGGGAAGAAGAACAAUUGUUGCGAAACGGUUAAUUAUAUGUAGUGUACAAUUAAGCCUGCCUGCAUCAAUCUUGAUACAUAAGAGAAGAUUGACAGUAUUGCACAUAAUCAUGAGUAGAAAGCUUGCUUUUCUUGAUGAACAUCGAUGAUUGUAUGUAAACAAGUAGUAACACAUUAGCUAGUGUAUUGUAGAUUAUUCGUUUUUUGCGCGGUUA